GGACAAUCUAAUGUAUGUGGAGGAACGUCAACGAAAAAGAGGAAGAAGAAAAGUUCUCUCAAAUGGACAAAAAGCGUGUAAAAACUAAAAGACGCAAAGAUGAAUACACGGGCCCGGGUGGCGUGGAGGAGGUCAUCGAUAAGCCCCCAAGUGAGGAGUAUUCAGUGGCAAAGUGGCUACGUCGGAAUGUGCCCACGAAGAAGACAAAGUGUCUCAAUCACAAUGUUGAGUACUUUACGGCAUCAAAAGCCCUGGAUGCCCUCAUGGAGUCCAAGUUCGCCAAGGGUAGCAGCCCCCUAAUGCCCACACGUGAGGCUGCCAUUGAGCUGUUGGACAGUAUGUUGGUGCACAAGUUUUUCCAUCGUGCCAAGAAGCUUCCUGUCACAGAUGAGGAGCUCCGUGGACGCAAGAAGGGUGACGACAAGAAGAAACCACUCGCAGAUGGGGAGAAGAAGGAACGUCGUGAAGCCACGAAGGAGGCGGAAAAGGGUACAGACGCUGAAAGUAGUCAUGUGGAAGGUGCAAAGCCUGAACGUGUGGAUAAGGAGAAGAAGAAACGCAAAAUUCGCCUGGACAUGCAUCCGGAACAGGUCUUUGUGGACGGCUCAGAGGCAUACGUGUGGAUUUAUGACCCCAUUCCACUGCACUACUGGCUCUUUGGUGCCCUUAUGGUUGUCUUUGUUAUUGUGAUGUGUCUCUUCCCGCUCUGGCCCACUCCGCUACGUCUCAGUGUCUACUACUUGAGUAUCGCUGCUGCUGGCUUCCUUGUCUUCAUCCUGGGUCUUGCAGUGCUGCGUUUCAUUGUCUUCUGCCUCGUGUGGGUGGCUACGGGAUCAAAGCAUCACUUCUGGCUCUUCCCCAAUCUCACGGAAGACGUGGGAUUCCUCGCAUCCUUCUGGCCCAUCUACAAGCACGAGUACAAAGGCAUUGAGGAGGAGAAGUGCAAAAAGUGCAAGAAGCACAAGGAGAAACACAGCGAUGACGAGGACGACGGAGGGUGUCCGCAUGUGAAGCCGAAGAAGCCAGAAAAGGAGGUGGAGGACACACAACCGGCAGCUGAGGCGCCAAAGGAAGCUCAAGCGCCAACACAAGGGACGGAUGAGGGCGAGAAAAGGAAAAGCUCCCUGACUCCGUCUGAGAGUGAAUCUGAGAGCAGCCAGAGAUCCUCAACGGGUAAAGAUUUCGAGAUUGUUGACUCGAAUGAUCUGUCGCCGGAAUAAGAAAUAAAAUAAUUACAUAAAAAUAAUUAACAAAGGAUCAAGAUGGGCGUCCAAAAGGUGAGAAUAUUAAUUAUUUAGCACAAGAGCAUUUCCAAUUAUUAAAAUAUAUAAAUGAGAAGAAGAUGGAGAUAGAGAACAAAAAAUGUACUGGUAAGCUGACCAAGCUUACGAGAGCUGUGUUUCUUGCAGAGCACCAAUUUUGUGAGAGCAAACUAGAACGCGAAUUAAUUCAAAUACGCGCAAAGUCGGGAAAAUUAGAACAGUCAUACCCUAAUAAAUCUUUAGAAGGCUAUAUCUCGAGAACGGAUCCAUAGAUUUUCAUAAAUUUUUUUUUGUUUGAAAGGUCUUGAAGUCAGCUAUAACAUAUCGAAAAAUGAGAAAAAUUUAUGUCGCCAUUUUCGAAAAAUUCGAGUUCGAAAUUUUCGAAAACUUUGUUUUUGAUUUUAGCGUCUCUUGCGGUCAUUUCUCGAAGUUGCAAUGUUCUAGACAUUUGUAGGGUUUCACGAAACCUUUCAUUUGCGCUUGAGUUGAUCGAAAUCGGACUUGUAGAACCCGAGAUAUGACAUGCCAACUUUGAAAGGCUAUAUCUCGAGAACGGAUCCAUAGAUUUUCUUCAUUUUUGGCAUGGAGCUAGAUAAUAUAGUCAGCUACAACAUAUCAAAAAAUGAAGCAAAUCGAUAAUGGCGUUUUCGAGAUAUUCAUCGAAAACUCAUCGAAAUUUUUGUUUUUGAUUUUUAGCCCCCUAGCGGCCACUUUUGAAACUUCGGAUGUUCUAGAGAGUUGUAGGGUUUGUUGAGAGCUUUCAUUUGAGCCCGGGUUGAUCAAAAUCGGUCAAGCCGUUUUCGAGUUAUGGUCGAUUUUCGAUGAAAAAUUGUGGCGGCCAUAUUGACUAAACGGCUUGACCGAUUUUCGAAAAUGAGGUAUCGUUGGAAAGCUCUUGAUGGCCCCUACAACAUAUCGAAAUUUCAGAUUUUUAGCUAUUACUGGGGCUGAGAUAUAGCGAAAACAAAAUUUUGGGGUUAUCCAAAAUGGCGGACGCGGGGGUGGGGGGUAAAAUUUGACAUCAUAAUCGGAUGUCUUCCACUCGAUAUUUAAACUUUGCCGUUUACCGCAAGUCUCUAUCUAUUACCGUUCUCUUGCAAUUUAGCGUUAUACUCCGGACGGACGGACGGCCGGACGGCCGGCCGGAAAAAAAUUUUUUGGCGCAUACGUUUUUUGGAAUGUGGGGACCCUAAUUCGUGCUCAUCCCAAGUUUGAGCCCGAUCUGACGACUUUCGAUUUUGCUCGGUACACAAAAGCUGUGUCUGAAAGAAACACAGCUAAAAUAGCAAAAAACUACACAUUAUUUAAUCAAGAUUUUUUUUUUUCAUUUUGAACUGAAUAAUGUGAAGAAAAUUCAUGGAAAUUGAUUUAUUUAGAUGAUUUUUCAAUUUCUUUUUUUUAAUCCCUCACAAACAUACCACCCCCACAAACUGAAUAAAAGCAAAAAAAAAACUUUACACGGAAGAAGUAAAAUUUGAAAAAAAAAUAAUAAAAAUAAGCUUAAAUAGCUUCAGUGAGACGAUGGAGACAAUACAAGUCUCACGAAAUAUAUUUAUUUAACAUCCUUUCUUGCUUUGAGAAACACGAACAAUGAACUUCCUGGCGCGGUGCAAAGGUUACAGAAUUUUUAUGCAAAAAAAAAAGAUUUUUCCAUUCUUGUGUCUGAAAAGUUUCUCAAUUGCCCAAGAAUUGUAAAUAAGACGUGAUUUUUUUUUAUUUUAUCCUUCAGAGCAAGAGCUUUUAAAUGAAAUGGAGCUAAAGCUCCAAAAAAACAAGCUUUUAUCUUUUUUUCUAAAUUAUAUGCAAAUUUAAUUUUAUCUCCCUAUGAAAAAACCACAGAAAAAAUGAUAAGAAAAUUCAAUUUUAUUUUACAGUACAGUGCAAACUAAUUGAAAGCACAAAGAAUGUUUUUAUUUUUGAUUCUUAAAAUUGUGUCUAAAUUAUAAAAAUAAAUCAUGGAGUUUUUGUGACUAAUGAGCCAUAUUUUAAUAAAAAAAAAAUUAAAAAUUGUAAAAAGAAUCUCAAAAAGAGACCUAACUUUAAAAUAAAAAAAUGAGAUAAAUCGUGUAAAAUUGUUAGUGAAAAAAAAAUGUAGUUUUGUGGGAAAAUGCUUUAAAAAAACAAUCUUUUAUUUAAUUAGAAAAUGGUGUGUCUAAAAAAAGAAAAUUGACAGAAAAGAAAAAACAAAAAAGCUCAAUUUCCAUUGAAAAUUGUCGUCUGUCGCAAUUCUCUUGCACUGUACUGUCGUGAAGGAAAGCAGAAAUGUGUAAUCCUAUAAUUUAUUUAUUAUUCCUAUUAUGCAAAAGUAUAUUGUAGAUUUUAAGGGAAAAAAACACAAAGUUAUAUAAAAUAUUUACAAAAUGGUUAAAAAAUAAUUUUUAAAAAUGUUAUAUUUUGUGUCCCAAGUGGAUUAUAUUUUCUUUGGUACCUAACCUACCUGUUUUACGAUCAAACGGGUGUGGCUAAAUAUGCAGCAAAAAUAAUUUUUUUAUACUAUGCAUCAAGAUUUUAAUUACUAAGCUGUGUUUCUCAAACUGCUGAAAUUUCCAACAAUUAAUAAAGUUCUUAAAAAAUCUUAUGUUUGAUCAGCUAGAGCUUUUUUUUUACUAUUUGCAGGAAUUCAGACCAUUUGUAUUACUAGAAUUUCUAACGAUUGCAGUUCUUGAAUUUCUUCUUAUUGAUCUACUGGAAUUUCUAAUGUUUGAAGUCCAAGAUAAAUGAUUAAAGCUUUUGAGUUUCUUUUGUUUGUUCAAAUAGAAUUUUAAUGCAAGAAUGUCUUACAAGUAAAUGUCUUUAGAUCUAGAUUUUUUGUUGUUGAAAUUGCAAGAAUUUAAAACAUUUAGAAAUUUUGAGAUUUUGAAUUGCAGAAAAUUCAAAUAUGUUUGAGAACUGCAGUGCGACGCUUAAGACUCUUAAGACUACAGUAUUUUCUAGCGGGUUAAACUGCACUAACUUCUAACAUUAAAUUAAUAGAUUUUUUAACGAUAGAACUACAGAAGAUAUUAAAUAUUUUUUCACAGUAAAUGUACACCACAACGAAGGAAAAUGUCCCUCCCUUGAGAAACUUUUACCUUAAAAGAAAUUAUAUUUUUGCUGAAAAUGAAUAAUUAAAACUUCUAGAGAGUGUCAUGAACCAUUUCUCUUGAUUCUUUCGUAAAUGCUGCAUAUUUUGGACGCAUCCCCUUUGACCUGAAUUAAAGAAGAAAACCCGCAAUCGCUGCAGAGAGACUUUUCCUCGUGGCGUUAAAUGAUUUUCCUCUUUUUUUUUCCUUAGCAAAUAUAAUGGUAUAAAUAAUAUAAAUAAAAGAAAAAAAAAUUAGCAAGUAGCUAUGAGAACAAUAAGAGAAGAUUAAUAAAACAUUGUCAUGCAUGA